CUAGUUUUUCGUCUGUCUCUUCUCUUGUGUGUGUGAAUGUAAAAAUGGCAGCCCUUGUUCAAGGUGUCCGAUCUUCCUUAGCAAUUAGUUCGUGUGUGUUAAGAUCGACCUUUACGAAAUCUGUCUUAUUAGGGCUGCAACAAAAAUGUUCAAUUUCAAAUUUAACAUACAGCAAGCGAAUAGCAUUACACAAGCUACAAGUGACGAGGGUGUGUGAAGAUGCUAGAAGGUUCUGCUCCCAACAGUCUAAAGCUUCGAUAGGAGAAAGAGUUCUGAAAGUGUGCAAGGCUUAUGACAAAAUUCACGGAGAAGAGUUGAAACUGGAGUCACAUUUCAUGAAUGACCUAGGACUCGACUCCCUGGACCAUGUUGAGGUCAUAAUGGCUAUGGAGGAUGAGUUUGGUUUUGAGAUCCCAGAUGAUGAUGCAGAGAGGCUGUUGAAGCCCAUCGACAUUGUCAACUACGUCUGUGACAAGACAGACGUUUACGAGUAACUUUACUUCACCACCUCAGUGUAGAAUUAUAUUUGCCUUUAGAUUGUAAAAAGUCAUCCAGCGAUUAGACUUUACUUGCAAGAGCCAUUCCCUUGCACAACAUCUACAUUUAUUUUGUUUUCAAUAAAUUGUUGAAGGUUU